UCCGUCCGCUGCGCUGCCAGCCCGGAGCGGGGCGCAGGGCGCAGGGAGCCGCGGGCCAGGCCGGGGAGCCGCGCGGGGGCUGCGAUGAGCCCGAUCCGGGGCAGGGGGCGCUGAGCCGGGCGCCCAUCCCCGUGGCUUUGGCGCGCGUGGCUGGAUGUGAGGGAGGGGGCGAGGGCUCUGCCGACCCACGCGCGGGGGACCCUCCCCACGAGCGCCCGCGAUGGCCGCCGAGGUGCGACUGAAGCAGCUGGAGGCGCUGGCGCUGGACCGGAACUUCCUGGGGCUGGAGACGCUGCUGGACCUCCUGCUCUGCGUCUCCCACGAGCUGGGCGCCUCGCCCCUGGCCCACGAGAAAUACAUCGCGGAGUUCCUGCGCUGGGCCGAGCCGGUGACCACCCGACUCAAGCAGCUGCAGCUGCAGCGAGACGACUUUGAGAUCCUGAAGGUGAUCGGGCGCGGCGCGUUCAGCGAGGUGGCGGUGGUGAAGAUGAAGAGGACGUCGCAGGUAUACGCCAUGAAGAUCAUGAACAAGUGGGACAUGCUGAAGCGGGGCGAGGUGUCCUGUUUCCGUGAGGAGCGGGACGUGCUGGUGAACGGAGACAAGCGCUGGAUCACCCAGCUGCACUUCGCCUUCCAGGACGAGAACUACUUGUACCUGGUGAUGGAGUACUACGUGGGGGGCGACCUCCUGACGCUGCUGAGCAAAUUCGGGGACCGCAUCCCCCUGGACAUGGCCCGCUUCUACCUGGCCGAGAUGGUGAUGGCCAUCGACUCCAUCCACCGCCUGGGCUACGUGCACAGAGACAUCAAACCCGACAACAUCCUGCUCGACCGUUGCGGGCACAUCCGCCUGGGGGACUUCGGCUCCUGCCUCAAGCUCCGGGAGGACGGCACGAUCUGCUCGUCGGUGGCAGUGGGGACCCCCGAUUACCUGUCCCCCGAGAUCUUGCAGGCCGUGGAGGAUGGGAGCCACUCGUACGGCACCGAGUGCGACUGGUGGUCCCUGGGCGUCUUCGCCUAUGAGAUGUUCUUUGGGCACACGCCCUUCUUCGCCGACUCCAUCGUUGAGACCUACGGCAAGAUCAUCCACUUCAAGGAGCACUUUCGCUUCCCGCUCUCGGCGCCGGAGGUGCCAGACGACGCCCGGGCUCUGAUCCAAGGGCUGCUCUGUCCCCGGGAGACGCGGCUGGGCCGGAACGGGGUGCGGGACUUCCGGGAGCACCCUUUCUUCGCCGGUGUGGACUGGGAGGGGCUGCGGGCGUUCACCCCGCCCUUUGCCCCCGAGUUCGCCAACGCCACCGACACCUCCAACUUCGACGUGGUGGACGACUGCCUGACGGAUAUGGUGAGCGGGGGCGGGGAGACGCUGUCGGACAUGCUGGAGAGCUCCCCGCUGGGCGUGCACCUGCCCUUCGUGGGCUUCUCCUACACCAGCACCAGCCUCAAACAGAAUGAGCCGGGAGACAGGGGCCGGGAAAUUGCCAUGGAGCUGGAUUGCGACCGGGCCCCCCCCCUGCAGGAGCAGCCCCCCAACCUGCCCUCUGGAGACCUGGUCUGCAAGGCGCCCGACGGGCAGAAGCUGGAUCUCGCCGCCUUCCUGGAGCUGCAGGCGGCCUUCGAGUCGGAGCUGCACACGCGGGAGGGGCUGCGCCAGGAGCUGAGCAUGGUCAAGGUGGCCAACCAGACCUUCGCCAACCGCCUGCAGGAGGCCGAGAACCGCAACCUGGAACUGGAAGCUCAGAUCAAGCGAUUGGAGGCGCAAAUCGAGGGGAUGAAACCGCCCGGGGAGGAAGCUGCUGUGGGGCGGCCCCCCGGCUGCGCUGCCCCCUGGCCGUGCCGCACGGAGCACCCCGCUGAUGCGGCACCAUGGCACCGCGACGCUGUGAAUACCCGCUUGUGGUACCUCUGUACCGCCACUUGCUGCUCUUUUCUAGGGUACCUAGGCCCUGCAUCACCAAGGCGGGAUACCUGCUCCUUUGUACCGGCGGCUUUGGGCUGGCGGCGCCCGGCCAGGACCCAGGGGAGCCGUCCUGAGCGAGGCCGGGCGCUCGCCCCGCCGCCCCCGCCCGCCGUCCCCGUCACCGCCUGGCCAGCACUGCGGGAGUGCCUGUCAGCCCUCCUCCCCGGGAGGUCUCACACCAGAGUUGGGGACGCCUGGGUGCCAGCACCCCAGGCCCACGGGCCCCUUCCCACCCAGAGCCAGGCUGUUUGGCUCGGCCCCCCCCUGCCAUCAGGGGACCAUCUCUCCAGUCCCCUCCUGGGCCUGCCCUGGCCCUGGGCUGCUGGCUGGGUGCGUCUGCUCCUGCCUGCCAGCCCUCUGGCCUCCCUACUGCGGACCCCGGCCAGCCCCCUCUGCGUGAGGCAGGCUGCCCCUGCCCUGCCCAGCUCCGGCGCCACUCCCUCCCACGGAGCCACCCCACGGCCCCAUGCGUCAGCUGGGGAAACUGAGGCAGAGCGAGAGGAAGAGCGUCACCUAAGGACGCGCAGCGAGUCGGGGCAGAACUGACAAACGAACCCAGAAGUCCUGGCUCCAAGCCUCUGCUUCUUUAAACUACUACACCCCGCUCCCCUCCCAGAGCUGGGGAUAGAACCGAGGAGUCCUGUCUCCCAGCAUCCCCCUGCUCUAACCACUACACCCCACUCCCCUCCCAGAGCUGGGGAUAGAACCGAGGAGUCCUGUCUUCCAGCAUCCCCUUGCUCUGACCACUACACCCCACUCCCCUCCCAGAGCUGGGGAUAGAACCGAGGAGUCCUGUCUUCCAGCAUCCCCCUGCUCUAACCACUAGACCUCACUCCCCUCCCAGAGCUGGAGAUAGAACUGAGGAGUCCUGGCUCCCAGUCCCCCCCUGCUCUAACCACUACACCUCACUCCCCUCCCAAAUCUGGGGAUAGAACCCAGGAGUCCUGGCUCCCAGCCCCCCCCCCGCUCUAACCACUACAUCCCAGGUCGUUCUAAGAGGCAUGUCACUUUGGAAGUGACCCCAGUUCCUGGGGGGUGAAGUGAUGGUCACGCCAGGGGGUCGUGCCAGGCUGGGCAGCCCGCUACACUUUCCCCCUCCCCCCCAGGAGCCUGGUGUUUCCUAGUCCCCCCGCCCUGCUCCAGCACCCUGGCUCUCCGAAGGCCUCACCGCACUGCUCCCAGCUCCCUUUGCCCCGGUGAUCCUGGGUCCUUGGCACCAGCUGUGUCCCCCACCGCAGCUCCAUGGGGAAGGGGAGGGGCCCAGCGGAGGGGCUGGCUGGGACCUGCAGAGAUGCAGCCCACGGAUGCCCUUCCCUGCCGGAACAGAGCUGCAAGGUGGCGACAGCCGGUGGGGGCCUGCUGCCCAGGGUGCCCUGCUCCCCCCACAGCGCCAGCCCCGGGCGCUGUUCAGCAGGGCUCCGGGCAGGCGGGGGAGCGCUGGGUCUGAGGGGCCCCGCUCAGCACCAGGGACCCCCAGCGGGUGACAGCCCCGGGCACAGGGGUGGCACCGCCGUUAAAGGCUGAAUUUAUGCUGCUAAAUCACCCAUCACCUGCUGGUCCACCUUCCACCAUGGUAAUUUAUUUCUAGUGUUGGCAUCUCCCCUCCCCCAUUGACCCACCCCCAGCCCACUGGCUCCCCCCCAGCCACCCUUCUCCAUUGCACACCUGGGGGGGCUCUUAGGGGGCGAAUCCCCUUUGCCCUGGGGGGGGGCGGGGAAUCCCGGCGGAGCCGCAAAGGGCAGUUUUGCACUUUGUCCCUGUUAAUGUAUAGCCACCUGCUGCCCCCCGUGUAUUUAUUGGCCCUCGGCGCCAGCCGGGCCCGGGGGUCGGAGGCGGGACGAGGGCCCCGGCCUGGAGGCUUUGUCUGAACUGUGGAGAGGAAAUAAAAAAGUUGAAUUCGU